UUUUUAUUUUCCUUUGCCACAAGUUGCGCCUCUUCAUUUUUGGGGAAAACUGAAACUUGGUUUUCUCGUUCAAUUUUUCACUGAAGAAGAAGGUUGUUCUUGAAGUCCAUCUCUGGGUCACGUCCUCCAUCUAUUGCCACGGCUAAAGCUAAGGUUGUAGGUGCUGGAGCAAUACUACGACCUGUUUCCAGUGGUAAACAGGACACCUUUCAGCUUCCGGACAUACAACACAAUCGGGAUACCAUUCUUCAAACAACAAAAAAUUUGUAUCGAUAUCGUCGAAGUAGACAUCAUGACCAUUUCAAGAAAUUUGCUACAAAAGAGGAGAGUCUGCAAAACAUACCAACAGAUGUUAAUGAAGCUGAAUGGAAAUUCUUGGUAGACUACUUCAGCUCUGAUGAUUUUAUGAAAAUGAGUGAAAGAAACAAAAAUAACAAGGCAAAACAAGAAGUGAAUCAUAUUUGCGGUGGAAAAACUUUUCAAGCAGUGUCUUAUGAAGUGAGGGACACAACCACUGGAAAAUAGCCGAAUUUUCAAAAACUUUGGGAAAUAACACACAUGAAGCCAAAUGGGCAAUGGGUUACUAAUGCUUUUGCUGAAGUGAUAAUAAAGUGAAAGAUGUUGCUGAAAAAAUUCAAGAAAUUGAAGAAGGUAUCGAUGUGGAUCCUAUUAUUAAUGCUGCAUUUGUGCAAAUAAUGGGAGGAAAAUCAAAGUACAUUCUUGGUCAAGGAUCUGGAAUUAAGUCAGCAAGUAGAAUAUCUAGAAAUGAAAUUCAAGAACAACUUCAAGCACAACAAAAGGAAGCAGAAGAAGAACGCCGUAAACGAGAGAGUGUAGAAAGCAAGCUAAUGGAAGUUAAGAAUCAACUUGAAGAGGAGCGAAAACCGAGAAGUAAUGGAAGUUCGUUUAGUGCAUGACCAAAAAUUGUUAAAAGAGAGCAUGAUGGCGCUAGUAUCUCAUUUGCAGAAUCCCAAGACUGGCCUUCCUGCUUCAAUUUUCAAUACCAUUACGACUUCAACUAGUUCAAAUGUGACAAGUUCUGCAAGUCUAAUGAAUAACAAUUGGUUGCAGGAAGAUUUACAUGGAAAGCAAAACCAAGAAUCACAGAUGCAAAAAGAAUUGGAUAACUUGAAAGAUAUCUUGACUUUUGAGAAGCAAAACUUAGAAAUGGCUAUUUAUGAUUGUGAUAAAUUCAGUUCGUUGUGCAAUGAAAAAGAUGCAGAGCUUAAGGCUGCCCUAACAGAGAAGCGAAGCUUAGAACUGCGGAUUCCAAAGUUGAGUUCUCAAGGUUCGAAGAAAACUAUUCCGAAAGAGUUGGUUGAUGCAAAUAAUCAGGUUUUUGAAAAGAUCCAUGAAGAGCUGAAAGCUCGUUCUAUUUUCCGUACCGCAGAAGAAACAAAAAAGAGGCUUUUGAGUGAAAAAUCAUCACUUGAGGAAAAAAUUGUAGAGCUGGAGAAGAAAUCAAGUGAGGAUGAACAUGCAUAAUUGACCAUUGCUUCAAUACACGUACUAUUGGAAGAUCGGACUAUUCAAAAGUUAUAACUAGUAGGAUUAGAAUAUAAUUAAUGACUUGCUUAUUAUUUUUCUUACAAG